AUGUCUUUAGAGAACAAAGACAGAUCUCAGAUUUAUGUUCACACCGCAGGUGGUAACUCUGCUUUCCAUAAUGUUAUCAACGAUUACGCCCAUAUCGCUGAUCCACUGGAAAGAAGAAGGUUGGCGCUAAAGCAUAUUGAUGAUGAGCCAUUUGGGUGGUAUCACGUGCGCUCUAUCCUAGUUGCCGGUGUUGGUUUUUUGACUGACUCUUACGAUAUCUUUGCUAUCAACUUGGGUAUUGCGAUGAUGUCUUAUGUUUACUGGUAUGGUGACAUUCCAUCUUCUACUACCACUUUAUUGAAAGUUUCGACUUCUGUUGGUACGGUUAUUGGACAAAUCGGUUUUGGUACUAUUGCGGACAUUGUUGGGCGUAAGAAAAUCUAUGGUUUGGAAUUGAUUAUUAUGAUUAUGGCUACUGUUCUGCAAUGUCUGAUUGGUAGCUCUCCUGCCGUUAAUUUCGUGGGUGUCUUGACUUUUUACCGUAUCAUUAUGGGUAUUGGUAUUGGUGGUGAUUACCCUCUAUCUUCUAUUAUUACAUCUGAAUUCUCGACAACCAAGUGGAGAGGUGCCAUUAUGGGUGCUGUCUUCGCUAAUCAAGCAUGGGGUCAAAUUGUCUGUGGUGUUACUGCGAUGAUUCUUGUGGUGGCUUACAGAGGCGACUUAGAGCCAGCUACCACCGGUCUACAGUGUGGUGAGGCUUGUCAAAGAGCAUGUGACCAGAUGUGGAGAAUUCUUGUUGGAUUCGGCUGUGUUCCCGGUUUGAUUGCAUUGUACUUCAGAUUAACUAUUCCAGAAUCACCAAGAUACUCUUUGGAUGUCCAACUUGCCACCACUCUAGUAGUAGGUGACGACGACUUGGAGAAGGACGGUGAUGUUGUUCAAAGGCAACACGUUACAAAGAAGGCUUCGUUCCGUGACUUCUGUCAACAUUUUUCUAAGUGGAGACACAUGAAGAUUUUAAUCGGUACAGCAGGUUCUUGGUUUAUGUUGGACGUUGCUGUCUACGGUAUGGGUUUGAACACAGCGGUUAUUUUGCAAACAAUUGGAUAUGCUUCCUCUAACAACGUGUACGAGAAAUUGUACAACUCCGCAGUCGGAAACUUAAUCUUGAUCUGUGCUGGUUCUUUGCCUGGUUACUGGGCCUCUGUGGCUACUAUUGACACAGUUGGAAGAAAACCAGUUCAAAUUAUGGGUUUCGUGGUCCUAACUGUUCUAUUCUGUAUCAUUGGGUUCUGUUACGAUAACCUAGGUGACAAGGGCUUGCUGGGAAUGUACGUUGUCUGUCAAUUCUUCCAAAAUUUCGGUCCAAACGUCACCACAUUCAUCGUCCCAGGUGAAUGUUUCCCAACCAGGUACAGAUCUACCGCUCAUGGUAUUUCCGCAGCUGCUGGUAAGCUGGGUGCUAUUCUCGCUCAAACUACCCUCGGUACUCUAAUAGAUCACAACUGUGCCAGAGACGGUAAAGCCAAGAACUGUUGGUUGCCAAACGUCAUGAAGAUUUUUGCUCUCUUCAUGUUUGCGGGAUUACUAUUGAGUUUCUUUAUUCCUGAAACCAAGAGAAAGACGUUGGAACAAAUUAACGAAGAAUACCAUGGUGAAGUGGACCCAUCUAGCCAGGCGGCCGAGUCCAGCAGCGCCAGCCAAAACGAAGUUUAUUCACUUUCCAAGAAGAACUACCCUUAA